CUCAAUUAAUCCGGAAGUAAGAAAAGGCUCUGUUGUCACCAAGGCUGGGAGCAGACGGGAAAUGCAGGAAGGAACCUUACAGAGGAGCUUGGGGGAGGAUUUUUCCCCUCCAGAUGUGCAGCAUCAGCAAUUCCAGCACUUCUGUUACCAGGAGGCCGAAGGGCCCCGAAAGGUCUGCAGCGAACUCCACCGCCUUUGCCUCCAGUGGCUGAAGCCAGAAAGGCACAGCAAGAAGGAGAUCCUGGACCUAGUGAUACUCGAUCGAUUCCUGACCAUCCUACCCCCAGAGAUGGAGAACUGGGUCAGGGAAUGCGGGCCAGAGAGCAGUUCCCAGGCAGUGGCCCUGGCAGAAGGGUUCCUCCUGAGCCACGCAGAUGACAAGAAUCCAGACCAGGAGGUACAGGAAUGGACCGAGCGUUACCCUGGAGCAGCUUUUCUGGGCAAGGCCUUGAAACCAACAAUAAAUACUUUGCCAACUCUUCAUGGCAGAAAUAAAGCAAGUUCUACAUGGCCAGAGCAGGGUCCAGUGACCUUUGAGGAGGUGUCUGUUCAUUUCACUGAGGAGGAGUGGGCUCUACUGGUUGCGGAAGAAAGAAGCCUUCACAAGGAAGUCAUGGAGGAGAAUUUUCAGAAUGUGGCCUCUCUGGAGAUUGAUGGCCCCCAGAGAAUGCCUGAGAGAGAACCACAACAAUUCCGAUUGGAAGAGAAUCAGCAUAGGAGAAGUAAUGGGACAAAACAGAAGAGGAGAGAUGAAUCAUCUGUUCAACGAAUCCAUGCAAGGGAGAAACAAUAUAAAUGCUUGGACUGUGGAAAAGGAUUUGCUCAGAAUCAAAACCUUACUGACCAUCAACGAAUCCACACAGGAGAAAAGCCAUAUAAAUGUGUGGUGUGUGGGAAGAGCUUUGUUCAGAGCUCCCAACUUACUGCCCAUCAACGAAUCCACACAGGUGAGAAGCCGUAUACAUGCAUGGAGUGUGGGAAGAGCUUUGCUCGAAGCUCACAACUUACUUCCCAUCAACGAAUCCACACAGGAGAGAAGCCAUAUAAAUGCAUGGAAUGUGGGAAGAGCUUUGCUUGGAAAGCAGGUUUUAAUCUCCAUCGUCAAAUCCACACAGGUGAGAAGCCGUAUAAAUGCAUGGAGUGUGGGAAGAGCUUUGCUCGGAGCUCACAACUUACUUCCCAUCGACGAAUCCACACAGGGGAGAAACCAUAUAAAUGCGUGGACUGUGGAAAGAGCUUUGCUAAGAACACAACUCUCACUGUCCAUCGACGAAUCCACACAGGGGAGAAACCAUAUAAAUGCAUGCAGUGUGAUAAGAGCUUUGCUCGGAAUAUAGAACUUAAUGUCCAUCAACGAAACCACACAGGAGAGAAACCAUAUAAAUGUGUGGACUGUGGAAAGAGCUUUCCUAGGAAUUUUGAACUUACUUCCCAUCGACGAAUCCACACAGGGGAGAAACCAUAUAAAUGUGUGGAGUGUGGAAAGAGGUUUGCUUGGAGUAUACAGCUUACUGCACAUGAAUCAAUCCACACAGGGGAGAAACCACAUAAAUGCAUGGAGUGUGGAAAGAGUUUUGCUCGGAAAGCAGACCUUACUCUCCAUCAACGAAUCCACACAGGGGAGAAACCAUACAAAUGCGUGGAUUGUGGAAAGAGCUUUGCUAAGAACACAAGUCUCACUAUCCAUCGACGAAUCCACACAGGGGAGAAACCAUAUAAAUGCACGCAGUGUGAUAAGAGCUUUACUCGGAAUCCAGAACUUACUGUCCAUCAACGAAUCCACACAGGGGAGAAACCAUAUAUAUGUGUGGAUUGUGGGAAAGGCUUUGCUAAGAAUGGAAGCCUUACUUCCCAUCGACAAAUCCACACAAGGGAGAAACCAUAUAAAUGUGUGGAGUGUGGAAAGAGAUUUGCUUUGAGUAUACAGCUUAAUGCACAUAAACCAAUCCACACAGUGGAGAAACCACAUAAAUGCAUGGUGUGUGGAAAGAGAUUUGCUUGGAAUGCAGACCUUACUCUCCAUCAACGAAUCCACACAGGGGAGAAACCAUACAAAUGUGUGGACUGUGGAAAGAGCUUUGCUAAGAACACAGUUCUCAUUCUCCAUCAACGAAUCCACACAGGGGAGAAACCAUACAAAUGUGUAGAGUGUGGGAAGAGCUUUGCUCAGAAAGGAAUCCUUACUGCCCAUCUACGAAUCCACACAGGGGAGAAACCAUAUAAAUGUGUGGUUUGUGGGAAGGCCUUUGCUAAGAAUGAAAUCCUUACUGCCCAUCGACGAAUCCACACAGGGGAGAAACCAUAUAAAUGUCUGGAGUGUGGAAAGAGCUUUGCUUGGAGUAUACAGCUUAAUGCACAUAAACCAAUCCACACAGGAGAGAAGCUGCAUAAAUGCAAGGACUGUGGGAAGAGCUUUGUUCGGAAUACCGCACUUACUGUCCAUCGACAAAUCCACACAGGAGAGAAACCAUACAAAUGUGUGGAGUGUGGGAAGAGCUUUGCUCAGAACGGAACUCUUACUGUCCAUCGAAGUAUUCACACAGGGGAGAAACCAUACAAAUGUGUGGAAUGUGGAAAGGGCUUUGCUCGGAAUUCAGACCUUACUCUCCAUCGACGAAUCCACACAGGGGAGAAACCAUACAAAUGUGUGGACUGUGGAAAGAGCUUUGCUACAAACACAAUUCUCACUGUCCAUCAACGAAUCCACACAGGGGAGAAACCAUAUAAAUGUGCGGAAUGUGGAAAGAGCUUUGCCGGGAAUGGAAACCUUACUGUCCAUCAACGAAUCCACACAGGGGAGAAACCGUAUAAAUGUAUGGAGUGUGGGAAGGUCUUUGCUCUGGGUAGAAGCCUUACUUCCCAUCAACGAAUCCACACAAGGGAGUAACAAUAUAAAUUAGUGUUGUUUGUUCUUUGCAUAGGGGCCAUGCCAAUGGAUGCUUGAAGAUUAUUAUAAUGAUAGUUCAAUGUUUUUCUAGUCUAUUAUCUGCAUGGGAUCCAUCAUUAUUAAGAUAUUUUUAAUUGUGAUACUUCGUAGUAAAGUUUUAAAUCAGGGAGGUUCAGACCCCAAUUUAUGGGGUC